AUCGAUAUAUAGUGUGCAUAUAGUAUUUGUUUAUUUGUGCAACAGCCGUCGAGUGAGUUGACAGUGUAAUGAAAUGUGUGCAACAACUAAAACAACAACAACGAUAUACUAACAACCUGUUGUUGUAGCUGGCAAAGCGUUAACAAUAAAUAAAGGCGAAAACAAUAGCAGCAAUAACAACAACAACAACCAGAACAACAACAACAACAUCACUUGACUGUACAACAAUGAGCAGAGAAGGCAGCCGCAACACUAGUGGGACUUUCUAGUGACAACAUCGGUCCACAUAUAGACAACCAAAACUCAGAGAAGUCACCCCAAACACAUAUAGACGAAGAAGAAGACAAAAAGGAAACCAAAACAUUCAGUUAAAGCAACAGAUCCAACAAAAUGCAUGAACGACGCGUCAAAAAAUUGAAGGGCGGCCAUUAUGUGGCCACACACGGACGCCUUACGCCGGAUCCGCCGUAUGUGCACUCGAAUCGCGGCUACUCCACGGAUGGCGAGGAAUCGCAUUCGCAUCGUGGACACUCGGAGUAUACGCUGGCGCAUGAGCGAAUCUCACCGCAAUCGCAGUCCCAGGGCCAUUAUAAUUCAUCCCGGAAGUCACGUGCCGGGAAUGGACAACAGCAACAACAACAACAACAACAACAGCACCUGCAGCAUAGUUAUAGCCACAGUCAGAUGGGUCUCUCCAGUACCCCGGACAAUGGAGGACCACGUUCCCUGAGCGGACCACCGCCCACACGUCAACCCCCUCGCGCCCCCUCCGCCUUGAGUUACGAUCAGGCUGGAGAUGCGGGCAGCGAUAUAUAUGUGACCAGCGCUGCCUACAAGGCGCCCUCAGAGAUCAGUCGCUACAGUCAUCGUCCAGUUUCUCGCGGUGCACCACGCAGCGUCUACUCGGUGGCAAGUACCGCCAAGACGGGUCGCAGUGGGCGUUCCACAACAAGGCGUGGCGCCAAGAUCGAGACCAUGUCCGCGCCGAAUCCCUUCUGUCCAAAUGUCAAGGGCGUCUGUUGUCUGAUGUUGCUACUUAAUCUGGGACUCAUCCUGGUAACCCUAGGAUUUGUCAUUGUGGUGCAGUUCUAUGAGCCGGUCUAUGUGUGGGUAUUGGGCAUUAUCUUCUUGAUCUUUGGCUUCCUCACGCUGAUCGGUUGCAUGGUGUACUGUGUGUAUGUUUGUCGGGAUGUGAAGACACCUUCGCAGGUACGCAAUGAGGAUCUCUACUGGACGCGACACUGGCAAAAGAACAUCGGCUAUACGCCCCAGGAGAUCAACUAUAAGGCGGAUAAAUACGAUGCCUAUUCCGAUCGUUAUUCGGUCAGCAAACUGAGUGGAAAAUACUCCGAUCGCGAGAGUCAACGCUACUGAAAUUGAUAUUGAUAGAGAGUGUAUCCAAAAUCAAUGCAAGACACAGACACACACACACACACAAAUGGCAAACAAGUUAAUCAAUUACCUUAACGAGGGUCGCUUGAUAAGUUACCUAAACUGAGCACGAUCAGUGGGCUAUAAAAUUAUCUUUUUUUUAUCAUAAUGAAUGAUCGUAAAACUGAUUUCUAAAAAUUACACUUGUAUCACUUACUUAUCAGGUAAUACUUGAUUUUAAGGGCUGCUUGAUAAGUAAACUACAACCCUAGAACAUCAACAUUUCAAAAUAUAUUACAUUUUUAAUUAGAAAGCUGAUCAGAAUUAUGAUUAGGAUCAGUUUCUUAUCAAGCAACCCUUGUUUAUAAUAAAUUUCCUUUUCGAGGGCUGAUUGAUAAGUAAACUGAACACAUCGAUAUUAUUAAACAUAUCUAUGAUUUUUAAUUGAAAAUCUGAUGAUUAGAGUACUUACUAGUGUUAAUUACUUAACAGCCAACCCUCGUUUGUAACCAAUUACCUUAACGAGGGCUAUUUGAUGAGUUACCUUAAUUCAGCAAGUUCUAAAUUUAAUGAAUAGAAAUUUAAUUUUCGUUUGCUACAGUUGACAAUUAUUUAUCAGGCAACCCUCGUUUAUAAUCAUGUCUAUUUUAAUGUCUAGGCAAUAGUUUUAAACGGUUUAUUAACAAGGCCUCAACGUACCUGCUGCAAGUUGCUUGCUAGUUUGUAUGUUCUUUUAAUCAAUUAAUUAAGACAGAUAGAAAGAGACAGUGUGUGAAAGAGUGAGGGAGA